UUGUGACUGGAAGUCACAGGGCCAAUUGCUAAGCCAUGCAGUCACAGAGGGAACACAGAGCCUAGUUGUAAACGGACAGAGACGAGAGGGGCAAGGGAGGACAGUGGAUGACAGGGAAGACGAGUGGGGGCAGAGCUGCUCAGGACCAUGGCUGAGGCCAUCACCUAUGCAGAUCUGAGGUUUGUGAAGGCUCCCCUGAAGAAGAGCAUCUCCAGCCGGUUAGGACAGGACCCAGGGGCUGAUGAUGAUGAGGAAAUCACCUACGAGAAUGUUCAAGUGCCCGCAGUCCUAGGGGUGCCCUCAAGCUUGGCUUCUUCUGUACUAGGGGACAAAGCAGCGGUCAAGUCGGAGCAGCCAACUGCGUCCUGGAGAGCCGUGACGUCACCAGCUGUCGGGCGGAUUCUCCCCUGCCGCACAGCCUGCCUGCGAUACCUCCUGCUCGGCCUGCUCCUCACCUGCCUGCUGUUAGGAGUGGCCGCCAUCUGCCUGGGAGUGCGCUAUCUGCAGGUGUCUCAGCAGCUCCAGCAGACGAACAGGGUUCUGGAAGUCACUAACAGCAGCCUGAGGCAGCAGCUCCACCUCAAGAUAACGCAGCUGGGACAGAGUGCAGAGGAUCUGCAGGGGUCCAGGAGAGAGCUGGCGCAGAGUCAGGAAGCACUACAGGUGGAACAGAGGGCUCAUCAGGCGGCCGAAGGGCAGCUACAGGCCUGCCAGGCAGACAGACAGAAGACGAAGGAGACCUUGCAAAGUGAGGAGCAACAGAGGAGGGCCUUGGAGCAGAAGCUGAGCAACAUGGAGAACAGACUGAAGCCCUUCUUCACAUGCGGCUCAGCAGACACCUGCUGUCUGUCGGGAUGGAUAAUGCAUCAGAAAAGCUGCUUUUACAUCUCACUUACUUCAAAAAAUUGGCAGGAGAGCCAAAAACAAUGUGAAACUCUGUCUUCCAAGCUGGCCACAUUCAGUGAACUUUAUCCACAAUCACACUCUUACUACUUCUUAAAUUCACUGUUGCCAAAUGGUGGUUCAGGGAAUUCAUAUUGGACUGGCCUCAGCUCUAACAAGGAUUGGAAGUUGACUGAUGAUACACAACGCACUAGGACUUAUGCUCAAAGCUCAAAAUGUAACAAGGUACAUAAAACUUGGUCAUGGUGGACACUGGAGUCAGAGUCAUGUAGAAGUUCUCUUCCCUACAUCUGUGAGAUGACAGCUUUCAGGUUUCCAGAUUAGGACAGUCCUUUGCACUGAGUUGACACUCAUGCCAACAAGAACCUGUGCCCCUCCUUCCUAACCUGAGGCCUGGGGUUCCUCAGACCAUCUCCUUCAUUCUGGGCAGUGCCCAGCCACCGGCUGACCCACACCUGACACUUCCAGCCAGCCUGCUGCCUGCUCCCUCUUCCUGAAACUGGACUGUUCCUGGGAAAAGGGUGAAGCCACCUCUAGAAGGGACUUUGGCCUCCCCCCAAGAACUUCCCAUGGUAGAAUGGGGUGGGGGAGGAGGGCGCACGGGCUGAGCGGAUAGGGGCGGCCCGGAGCCAGCCAGGCAGUUUUAUUGAAAUCUUUUUAAAUAA